AUGAAGGAAGCGAACUUCACGGUGUCGUCUAUGCAUGGUGAUAUGGAGCAGAAGGAGCGUGAGCAGAUUAUGAAGGAAUUCCGAGCAGGAAACAGCCGGGUGUUGAUUUCGACUGAUGUGUGGGCCCGAGGUCUCGAUGUUCCUCAAGUUUCCCUCGUAAUCAACUAUGACCUCCCCAAUAACCGUGAAUUAUACAUUCAUCGUAUUGGUCGCUCAGGCCGUUUCGGAAGAAAGGGUGUGGCCAUCAACUUUGUGAAACACGAUGAUGUGCGUAUUCUUCGCGAUAUUGAGCAGUACUAUUCAACGCAAAUCGAUGAAAUGCCAAUGAAUAUCGCGGACAUGAUCUGA